AUGUUUUUGCCGAACAAUGCCUACGGGCAUUUUUCGCCAACUCGUACAUUUUCCACCGAAAAACGGAUUCUGAGCCAGGAUGAGCACGGUGAUGUAAGUGAUAUUGUGAAUUGGGUCUGGAAGGUUGAGAAGUUUGUCGUAGGGUGGUUGUGGUAGUAAUUUCUGUUGUUGUAGUGGUACUGUAACAUAAGUUUCAACAUUUUGAAAAUUUUUAAUUUUUUUUGUAAUUUGUAUAGUAGGGUACUGUAACCUAUAUUUUUAGAAGUUUUUAUUAUAUUGGUAACUUAUGCAGUAGUAGUGGUACUGUAACAUAAAUUUUGAAAUUUUGAAAAAAUUAAAAUUUUUUGAAAUUAACAAAAAAGUUAAAUUGAAAACGUUUUUUAAGGUCCCCCUACCAAAGCCUCCAUUACCAUCUCUCGAACACACAUUGGAAAGGUACCUUCAACACGCAAGUGUUGUCAGAACCUGGGAGAAGAUUCCAGUGGAAGAUGUUGAAGCUGCGGUUAGUAAAUUCUUUCCUGUAGCUGAAGCGUUACAAGAAGAAUUGAAAGAAAUAGCUCAAAAAGAAGAAAAUUGGGUAAUUUUUUUAUUUUUAGUUUUUGAAAUUUAAUAUUAUGUUGUAUAAAAAAGAUUGAGCUACCUUUUACAGCCAAUUUUUGAAAAAUCCAUAUAUUACAUAUACUUGAAAUUAUUGAAAUAAUGAACUUUUAGAUAGUAAAAUACUGGCUAGAAACAAUGUACCUGAAGCCUCGUUACCCACUGCCAGUUUACUCCAGCCCAGGUUAUAUUUUCCCACGCCAAGUUUUCUAUGAUGAAGAUGAUUGGAUUCUGUUUGCGGCUUGGAUGGUCAAGGGGAUGCUUAACUUUAAGGAUCUGAUUGAUAAGUAAGUGAUACCCUACCCUACCCUAACUUACCCUACCCUACCCUACCCUACCCUACCCUACCCUACCCUAAGUUACUCUCCUCUACUUCAUUCUACCUUACCGUAGCCCACUUUAUCCUCUUUCAUCUUACUUUACCCUGCUCUAUUCAACUGUACUAUACACAGCCCUACUUUACUCUGCCUUACUGUACUCCACUUUACUGUGUUUUAUCUUAUUUUACCUUACUCUUAUCUAUUUGACAUUAAUUUACUUUACCUUAAGCUUCCAAUGAUCUCACACCUUUAACACAAUAUCAUUUCAGACGCGGCCUAGACCAAGAAAAGUCUCGUUCAGGCUACCCAAUGUGUAUGGACCAAUACGACCGUCUUCUCGGCCUAUAUCGUCAACCUUUCAUAGGCUGUGACAAGCACAUAAGCACUCGUUAUCGCAACAGUUUGAACGCUGAUCAACAUAUAUUGGUCAUGUGUGAGGCUCAGGCUUUUGUUUUACAUGUGCGUCAGGAUGGUGUAUCAUUAGGACCAACUGAGAUUGCGACACAGUUGAGAGAGAUUGUGAACAAGGCUAGGAAUCGGAACAAGGUGAAUGUGGCACCAAUUGCUGCGGCUACUGGAGCCCCGAGAGAUGAGGCUGCUGGAUUCUGGGAGUCAAUGUUGGAACGUGAGUUGGUUUUUUUGUGGUUUUAAUGGUACCGCUGGUACUGUUUUUAUAAAAUUUUUUUAAAAUUGAAUUAAGAAAUUAAAUAAAAUUUUGUUUUGUUUUUAAUUUUUGCAAAAUGGUACUCUUGAUAAACUUAUUGGUACACUUGGUACACCUUUUGGUACUGAUGGUACUGUCUUCAUAAAAAGUUUUCAAAUGAAUAUCAAAAUUAAAAUUUUAAGCUUUGUUAAGCUUUUUUCAAAGUGGUACUUUUGGUACACUUACUGGCACUUUUGGUACACUUGUUAGUUCUACUGGUACUUUUAGAUGAAAGAAAUUUAAAGUCAUUACAAAUGGUCCAAGACUCCGUAUUUGGCUUAUGUUUAGACGGUUAUGUACCUCAUAGGGCUUUCCAUGAUAACCACAUGGAAACAGCCGGAGAUCUGAUACUUCAUGGUUGUGGUUCUGAUGGAUAUGGGCUGAACCGGUGGUAUGAUACUACUAUUCAGGUUGGUUUUUGACAGUUAUUUACUGUAAUAUGAUUUAUUUUUGCUUUUAAAUUUGUUUUAUUGAAAAAUUUUGAAAUGGUACUGUUGGUACUGUUAAUGGUACUGGCGGUACACUAUGAUUUUUUUACUUUCAUUUUCAUUACAAAAAUGAAAACUAAAUGAAAAAAAAUCUAUUUUUUUUAAAAUAGUACUAUUGGUACACUUGAUGCUACUAUUGGUACUGUUUUUAAAAAACUAUAGUUAACUUUAUAUAACGUCGUAUUUUAGCUCGUCGUAUCACUCGACGGCUUCAACGGUCUCACAAUCGAACAUAGCGUAGCCGAAGGCAUGGUCAUUAUCUCUAUGAUGGAGCACGUCCAGAACUGGGUUCGUGACAACCGUCCACCCCACGCUCGCCUACCCCCAUUCCUGGGCAAUGUCAAGCAUCAGCCGCUGUCUUGGAUUGUUAAUGAGGAGAAUCGACUGAAGCUGGACCAGUUUGUCUACAAUUUCGAUCAACUUGUCACUGAUUUGCGACUGACAGUCUAUAGUUUCGAAAGCUAUGGCAAGGAUAAGAUCAAGAGGAUGGGGGUGUCGCCUGAUGGGUUUGUGCAAAUUGCUAUGCAGUUGACUCAUUUUAGGUAUGUUUUACAUUGUUAUGGCAAAGUAGGGUAGGGUAGGGUAGGGUAGGGUAGGGUAGGGUAGGGUAGGGUAGGGUAUUGCUAACUACCGUUUACUUCAGACUACAUGGUCACCUUGUCUCAACAUACGAAAGUGCGACAUUACGAAAGUUCCGGUUUGGCCGUGUAGACAACAUAAGAGCUGCUACACCCGAAGCACUGGCUUUUGUACGUGCUAUGAACGAUCGAAACGUGUCGGAUUCGGAAAAACGAGAACUUUUCGACAAAGCGGCCAAGAAACAAGCUCUGCUUACUGGAGAGGUACGUAGUAGGCAUACUUACACUAUUAUGUUAUAUAUAAUGUAUGUACUUGCUAAUGUAAACGUAUAUUUUUAGAAUGUGAACGGUUACGGAAUAGACAAUCAUUUGUGUGCAUUGGAAUGUUUGGCCAAAGAGAAUGUGGCCAGAGGACGACUAAAACAACUGCCAGAGAUCUUCACACAGGAAACUUAUAAAGAAACUGUCAGAUUCCCACUUACAACUAGUCAGGUAAGGCCUUGCCUUUCCUUGCCUUGCCUUGCCUUGCUUUGCCUUAGGCUUGCUCUAUUCGUAGUCCUAGUCCUUUCAUAUCUUCUGCCUUGGCUCAAGCCCCGGUGCUAGCAGCUCCAGCCUACAAAAAACUAAAAGUAUGUUUCAGGUAUCAACCAACCCAAUAUUCGAAGGAACCUACUUAUGUUACGGUCCAGUAGUCAAUGAUGGUUAUGGCUGUGCCUAUAACAUUCAACCUCACAAAAUCAUUUUUGCAAUAAGCGACAUGAAAAGCUGUGACAGAACAAAUGGCAUCGCUUUCGAACAGACUUUGAAAGAAGCUCUUGAGGAUUUGAGCUACUUGCUUUGUAGGGCUUGA